CGGCCCGGGCCCCAGUCCCUGCAGUGGCUGUAACAAAACCCAGACCCCCAGGUCCUGGCCAAUGGAGGCGAUUUAGACUGGAGCAGAACCGCGUCUGUCAAAAGCCCAACUCCGCAGCAGCGGCAGAGUCCAGGCGGAGAGCUGGAGCAGCCGCGCUGCCUCCCCGCCCCCGCCGGGAUUUAUUGAGUAUUUGGACUGGACAAUUAAGUGGCCCCGAUGAUGUUACCAAGCCCGGUCACCUCCACCCCUUUCUCAGUCAAAGACAUUUUGAAUCUGGAACAGCAGCAGCACUUCCACGGCGCUCACUUGCAGGCGGACUUGGAGCACCAUUUCCACUCUGCGCCUUGUAUGCUGGCCGCCACCGAGGGGACACAGUUUUCUGACGGAGGAGAGGAGGACGAGGAAGAAGAGGGCGAGAAACUGUCCUAUUUGAACUCACUAGGCGCAGCCGAUGGCCACGGAGAUUCGGGCCUCUGUCCCCAGAGCUAUGUCCACACGGUCCUGCGAGACUCGUGCAGCGGGCCCAAAGAGCAUGAAGAGGAGGUCGUGAGGGACCGGAGCCAAAAAAGCUGCGCGCUGAAGAAGCCUCUAGAGACAGUCGGCGAUGGGAAGGCGGCGGAGGACGGCGAGAGGCCCAAGCCGCGCAGCCGCCGGAAGCCCCGGGUCCUCUUCUCGCAAGCGCAGGUCUUCGAGCUGGAGCGCAGGUUCAAGCAGCAGCGGUACCUGUCGGCGCCUGAGCGCGAGCACCUCGCCAGCAGCCUGAAACUCACGUCAACGCAAGUGAAAAUCUGGUUCCAAAAUCGCCGGUACAAGUGCAAGAGACAGCGGCAGGACAAAUCCCUGGAGCUGGGCGCUCACGCCCCGCCGCCGCCGCCGCGCCGCGUGGCGGUCCCGGUGCUGGUGCGGGACGGCAAACCGUGCGUCG